AUGUCACAUUUCUUAGGAUUAGAAUUUUCGGGGGGAUUUGGUAAUGCAAGUUUGAAUUCGUCUUUUAUGGGGCAGUAUUUGAUGCCAAGAAAUUUAAUUUUUUCACCUGGGAGUCGGUCAUCUUCUGGAAUAUCUUCUAUAAUUUCCUUGCUGUUACUUACAAAUUCUCGAAGUUUCAUAUUUGCUGUGGCGAAGAGUUUUGUUGCCUCAAGACAAUUUUGUUUUCCUUCUGAAAUUGAAGAGGCUGUAAGAAGUAAGUUGUCUACAUAA